CGGGAUCAGCUUGAUGAAUUAACCGUCAAAAUAAUGGAUAUCCAGGAAAAGAUAAAGGUUGUGCGUCAAGAGGUGCAAGAAGGGUCUAAAGAAGUUCAUCUUAACGAGGAGUCGUUCAAAUUUUUCGAAGACUUUAAAAGGUUGUUGGACCACAAAAUAAAUCAGUUCAGUCGUACAAUGGUGACAAAGCAUGAGCUCCUGGAGGAGGCAAAACAGCAGAGGGAUUCGGAAAAUGAAAAGCUUGCGGCCUUGAGGAGGGAGAAAGGUGUCCAUAACAGUCCGCAGCACCACACCAGCCCUGAAGAGAAGCUAAACGCGUCCAUGGAUAUGUGGAUGAACAGUCGGCUCGGUAGCCUCACGUUUCCCGAUGAGUCGCAUGUCCUCCUUGACACCUCAACGUCCUCCAUUCUCGAGGGCGCAUCAGCGAAACCUGAUAACGGCGCCCGGAUAAGGUGCCACCUGAAGCAACCUAGCGAUGUUGAAGAGGCCUUUGCUGUGGAUCAGUUACAUCCGCUCGGCGGGUCGAGUGAAGCCAUGCAGGUGGCACAGUUGGCGACUCAGGCCAUGGCGCCGUCUCUCCUUGCAGCCCAUGUCAUUUGGAAGCGGCUUUCUGACGCUGUUAACAAAUAA